GGCCUACAAUUUAAUUUUAAUAAUGAAAGUGCGUAUGAUAGCUUUUUGCAUUACAUUCGUACUGAUAGCUAAUGCUAUCAAAAUUGGUAUAUUGGAAAAAGAGCUCAAACUUGUGGAAUUAUGCAAAAUUGCAAUAAACGAUGCUCAAAAUAUGAAUCAAUGCACUUCUGAAAAUAUUCAGAUAUUGAAUUCUACAGCAUGCCUUGUUGAUCGGGCAAAAGGCAUUGUCAGUGCGGUUUCAUUUCACUUCCAAGAUGAAGUUGAGGCUUUCAUUAAUUCUCGAUGCAAAAAUGAAAUGUUGGAUAUUGCUAGCUUAGCUCGUUACUGGAAUUCACCAGUAAUUUCUCGAACUAUUUCAAAUCCUCAAAUCAAAAAUAAUACUUUGUAUCCAACAGUAGUUCAUUUGGGCUUAACAUCCGCUAUCGAUUUCACGUACGCCAUCAAGUAUUUAGCUGAUUAUAUGAAUAUCAGUUCGAUUGUUUUGGUAAGCGGAGAAAAGCGUAAGAACCUUGAAUAUUCAAUUGUUGCUGGAAUGAAACUUGUAGCACAGCAACAGAAUUUAUUUCGCAUAGAAAAACACAUUAUGAUUGCAGAAUCAUCAAUCACAAAAAGAAAACAUUUAUCCGACAAUUUGAAAACACCUUCAAAAAUGAUUGUAAUUGGAAAUGAUUUUCUUCAGCCAGAAAUAGUUCUGACUAAACUGAAUGUUGCUGCAUUAAGUCAUCAUCAUUAUCUGAUCAUUUUUGUAUGCAAUCAGAUCAGCGAAAGUUGUACGAUUCCAAUCAAAUACAUUAUUAGUAAUGCAAAAAUCAUUGUUCUUGCUCCAGUUGUGGAAGGACAUGAAAAAAUAUUAAGCGAGUUAAGUAAACGAAUGAAUUUUGCUGUAAAACUGGUCGAAAUGGAGAAGUAUUUGGCCACAUAUGAUGCAUGUUACGGUUUUUGUUUUGGUACUCUGUACAGUUCAGCUUCAGACGGCAGAAAGUUUGCCAAAACUAUGCGCAAUCGACAAUUUAGCAAUGCAAUGGGAGAAGUAAUUUUCGAUAACAAUGGUAAACGCUUACAGAAUUAUGCAUUUCAAUUAUUACCUUCAAAAGACGCUGAAUUUAAAGUAGUAAUGCAGUUAUCAAUGGUUAAAGUUCCAUGCACAGCUGAUAAUUUAAUGACAUGGAAAAUUAGCAAAAAUAAUUUAAAAGUGAUUGAAACCAAACAGUCAAAAGGAAAUGCAGUGAGUGAUAAAUUAACUAACAAACGACGAAUAUUAGAAUCAUAUGCUUUGGUUGAUUCUUCGAAAGCUGAAUUUAUGUGUUUCAAACAACAAAAACGAAUUCUGUGGUCCACAGAACAGCUGGAUUUCUUAUAUGAAUUAAAGUCAUUAAAUCAUAAUAAUCUUACAAACUUUAUUGGCAUUUGUUAUAAUGAUUCAGAGCGAUUAUACGUAUUGCAUACGUUAAUUGAACGUGCUUCACUCGAGGAUUUUAUUUAUGAUUUUGAUUUCAAUAUGGAUAAUACUUUCAAAUGUGCUUUUGUUCACGAUAUCCUCAAGGGAUUACAAUAUUUGCAUAAAUCACCAAUCGGCUGUCACGGAAUGUUAUCGUUAAAAACAUGCUUAAUCGACGCAAAUUGGGUGCUUAAAUUAACUAAUUUUGGAGUUUCAACUAUGCUAAGCGAACUAAUUGAUCUAAAUUAUAUAAAACCUAUUGAAGCGAUCCCAUAUCAGUUUUAUAUUACAAUUGCGCCUGAAUUACUCUCUAAUAUUGAAAUUGGGCGAAAUUUUCCAAAGGGUACUGCAAGUGGAGAUAUAUACAGUUUUGGUAUGAUGCUUUAUUCAAUUGUAUAUCGUACUGCACCGUUUGAUCGACUUUUCUUGAAAGAAGUUAUUGAUAAUGUCAUUCACAAAUCACUACGGCCACAUGUUGACAAUCAACAAAAUGAUCCGUUGACCACAUUAAUAUGUCAGUGUUGGAGUGCAUCACCAGAUUCUCGACCCAAACUUCGUAAUAUUCAGCAAACUAUUGAAACUAUUUUUUCUAGCUCGAAAGGCAAUUUGGUCGAUCAAAUGAUUAAAAUGAAUGAAAAAUAUGCAGAAAAUUUGGAACAUAUCGUUGCAGAACGAACUUCACUUUUGGUUGAAGCACAAAAACAAACUGAGCGUUUGCUCUGUGAAAUGCUUCCACCGUCUAUCGCAGCACAGUUGAAAAAAGGGGAGACGAUUAUUCCAAGAACUUAUGAAUCAGUUACUGUUGGAUUCUGCCAGAUUGUCGAUUUCAUGGAUUUAAUGCAACAAUGUACUGCUGAUCAGGUCAUUGCAUUCUUAAACGAUACUUUCAUGACCUUUGAUGAAAUAAUUCAAAGUCAUGAUGCAUACAAAGUUGAAACAACUGCUGAAACUUAUAUGGUAGCAUCUGGAGUCCCUAGCGAAAAUGGUGGCAAGCAUGUUUUUGAAAUUGCUGAAAUCGCAUUACAAAUUCGAGAGAAAAGUUUAACGUAUAGAGUAGCAGCUGCACCUGACUGGAAACUUAGCGUUCGGAUCGGAUUUCAUUGUGGUCCAAUUGCUGCAGGUGUUAUUGGUAUACGAUCUCCAAGAUAUUGUUUAUUUGGUGAUACUGUUAAUUUCGCGUCACGUAUGCAAAGUAAUUGCCAAGCUAAUCAGAUACAAGUAGCUGAAAGUACUGCGAAAAUAUUAAUGCAGUCAGGAAAAUAUCAAUUAGAAAAACGUGGAGUUGUGCUUGUAAAAGGAAAAGGAAAUGUUAAUACUUAUUGGUUGAAUGCAUUGAAGCAAAAAAAUUCGCAGGAAUCAGAAAACAUAAUGGAAAGAGCGACGCCAGAUUUGAUUCAAAACGUGAACAAUACUGAUCAGAUAAGCACGUCAACAGAUGAUUCGUUAUCCAGUUAUGAUACAAUGCAGUACGAUAAUGUAGAUGGAAUACAUCGAUGAUU